CCCAUGGAUUACCAGCCCGGCAUCAUCCGGGACGGCAACGCCAUGGAGAACCUGGAGCGGCAGCUCAUCUGCCCCAUCUGCCUGGAGAUGUUCACCAAGCCCGUGGUGAUCCUGCCCUGCCAGCACAACCUGUGCCGCAAAUGCGCCAAUGACAUCUUCCAGGCCGCCAACCCGUACUGGCAGAGCCGGGGCAGCGUCAUCUCGGGCGGCCGCUUCCGAUGCCCAUCGUGCCGCCACGAGGUGCUCCUGGACCGGCACGGCGUCUACGGGCUCCAGAGGAACCUGCUCGUGGAGAACAUCAUCGACAUCUACAAGCAGGAGUGCUCCAGCCGGCCCCUGCAGAAGGGCGAGCACCCCAUGUGCAAGGAGCACGAGGACGAGCGCAUCAACAUCUACUGCGUCACCUGCGAGGUGCCCACGUGCUCCAUGUGCAAGGUCUUCGGCGCCCACAAGGACUGCGAGGUGGCCCCGCUGCAGAGCGUCUUCCAGGGCCAGAAGAGUGAGCUGAACAACUGCAUCUCCAUGCUGGUGGCCGGCAACGACAGGAUCCAGACCAUCAUCAGCCAGCUGGAGGAUUCCCAGCGGAGCACCGAGGAGAACAGCCAAGCGGCCGAGCGGGAGCUGUGUGAGAGGUUCAGCGCCCUGCAGGCCGUCCUGGAGGAGAAGAAGUCGGAGCUGCUGCGCCGCAUCGCCAAGGAGCGGGAGGACAAGACGGGCUUCGUGCAGGCCCUGGUCUGCAAGUACAAGGAGCAGCUGGAGAAGUCGUCCCGCCUGGUGGAGACGGCCAUCCAGGCCAUGGAGGAGACUGGUGGCGCCGCCUUCCUCAUGAAUGCCAAGCAGCUCAUAAAGACGAUCGUGGAGGCCUCCAAGGGCGGCCACCUGGAGAAGAUCGAGCAGGGCUUCGAGAACAUGGACGGCUUCUCCGUGAACCUGGACCACAUCGCCGACGCCGUCCGUGCCUUAGACUUCGAAACAGAUGAGGAAGAAGACGAGUUCUUUGAGGGGGAGGAAGGAGAGACGGAAGAAUC